UUGUCUUCCAGUGUUGCCAAACUCAAAAUUUUCUCGAGGGUUAUCAUGUACUCGUACUUGUGCAGCAGUAUAAAUGAGCUUCCCAGCGCGUGUCCGCCGCUUGCCCCUGUGUACGCGCAAGCCAUCACACUCAGCCUGCACGGCCUCGGCCCGCUCGCUAUCCUGCACGAGCUUCAGCAGCAGGUGGCGGAGCAGCACCACGCAAGCACCGUGCCCAGACCCGGGUCCGUGGCAGAAAGGCUGGCAGAGCUCAUCCUGGAGGCGCGCUAUGGAAACCCGCAGAAGCAGCGCCGCAGCCGCACAGCCUUUACUGUUUCCCAGCUCCAGGCUCUGGAGAAGGCCUUCCAGCAGACACAAUACCCUGAUGUAGGAAUGAGGGAGCAGCUCGCUGUCUGCAUAAACCUGCCAGAGGCACGCAUACAGGUCUGGUUUAAGAACCGGCGGGCUAAGUUUCGCAAGGGCCAGCGAUUUGGUCCCCCACAAAAGGAGGUGAACUUGGAGAAUCUGCACCAGAUCUGUGAAGGAAAAGAGGAGAAGAAGACUGGAGACAGGGACCCAAAAUCAAAAAGCAGAUUAUCUCAUCUCAGAAAUACCAGCAGUGGCCCUGCUGCCUGUAUUCCUGUAAACCCCAGGACCACCCACUCAUACCCAGGAUUGCACACAUCCCCAGUGUCAUCAUUUGCUGGUGGGCACCAUUGUCCCCAACUGCUGAGUCAUCGUUCAGUAGGAGAUAUGUCAGGUGGUAUACAUUUCAUUCCUGCAUUCUGGCCAGGGUUCCAGCCACAGACCCCAGUCUUAGGUAUAGGCCCAGUACAUAAUGACAGCAACCUCAUGCUUCGGGUUGCACCCCCAAAUACAGUUCUGUCUGUCCCCCAGCUGGCCAUGUAGUGGCCCUCCAGGCAACACAAACUAAAGGGCAGAUGAUGGAAAAGAUUCCACUCUAUGAGGGAGACUAUGAGCACCAGUCCUGGAAUCUAGCCAGUUUUUCCCUCACAGAAGACUUCCACAGGGUAUUGUUUUUAAACUCCUCUGACAGAUUUUUUUAUAUUCCACAUAAACCACCCUUAUUUGGAAUAAGUAUGCACCAUGUACUCGUCUGUAAACAAAUCUCACACACACACACACACACACACACACACACACACACACACACACACACAC